AUGCACUUACUUGUCUACGCGACCAUCGAGAAGUACUUCGACGUUGUCCAGGAUUUAAAUCCCAUCUUCUCCAAAGAGAAAUUUAUCCAUGAUUAUCAACAAGUUCGAUGUGACCCUGACCUUAUCUCUACGAUAAAAGCAAUCACCGCGAAGCUAAUGGGUCUCAAUUCCCUCGCGGACGAAGAAAAUCUAGAUGCCCGUAUCGACCGGCUAUUGAGCUCCAGCUUACUCGAGGAUGACAUUAUCGGGACAACACCGUCUCUUGAUCAGUUUCGCAAAGCUUGUCUUCUAGCGUUCUAUGAUUUCCAUCAGUUUCCAGGACACCAAUCCUGGAUGCGCAUCGGACAAAUCACACGCAUGGCUUAUCGUACAGGACUAGAUCGACUCGAAAGCCUGCGCGCACUCUAUCCUGACUGGGCCUCAUUAAGCAACGACGAGGUUCAAGAAUGGCGAUCUGUGUGGUGGUGUAUAUACCGCCUGGACUCCUAUUCCAAUCUUUCAUCGGGUACUCCAAACUUGAUUGACCAUCAAUUUGUCAAUACCUCUUUUAUCCUUGACCACUUUGAUCAGUCUGCAAGUGGUGAGGCUAGCCCUCAAGAAGUUUAUUUGCCAUCGGAUUAUGCAGAUCUUUGGAGGUUGCUUCCAGUAUUUGCCUUGAGCCCAAAGACGUUUUUAAAGAAUGUCCAUAUCAUAUCUAUCGCUGCUAUGCGACAGACAGCGACAGCUGUCCGAAUGCAUUUUUCACGACCGAAAGAGGACAUGACUGAGUCACUUGCAGAUGCUCAACGCCAGCUUUCGACGCUUUCUUUAUCCUUACCACCUGGCUGGUUCAAUCCGGCGCGCAAUGCAUUUGCAGACGAGUCUCAUGAUGACCACCACGCAAGACUGGUUACCGUUCUCCAUUUCAUGAUGGCACGAUUACUCCUCGCAAUUCUGUGCUGUGGUCAAGCAAAUAGAGAAGAGCCAUUAUUAACCUGGCAACAGGUCCUUGAGGUCUGCCAGGAUAUUGCUUCAGUGAUGGAGCAGUGGAACUCACUGUUCUGCAUGAAAGUGGAUCCAGCGAUUUCGUUUAUCCCUUUCACAGCACUGAUCUUCCUUGAUCUCCAUAAGAAGUCGACUGCAGUGGCUCGGCCCAUUCUUCAGUCGAAGAUUCAACAAAAUCAGACCAUUCUGCGUCUACAUCUUGAACAGUUCGCCCGGAUGUGGACUCUUCCGAGGCUUCUUAAUUACAUGAUCGCUGCGGGUCGGAUCAAGCUAUUGAUUGGUCUCAAGCCCAAGGGCCCAGGCCGUCAACCGGAGGCCGGUACCAUUGAAAAUGGUCACGUCAAAGCUGAAACGACCCCAGAUGAGACUGAUAAGUCACACACGCGAACAUAG